AUGCUGAUCUUUGCUGAUGUCGAUUUCUUCACUCGGCAUCUGGCCCCCUUCAGGGAUUCUCUGAAGUUGACAUUUGCCAUCUCUAUCUAUGUUUACAUCUCACUGGAUAGGAAUGGCCACACUGCACUGCUCUGCUGGCUUUCCAAGUGGAACGACUGGAGAAGCUCAGAAGAUAUAAAGCAGGAGUACUCUCAAGGCAGCAACAUUUGUGAGAGUAGGAUCCAUUUAUCACACUCUGCCACCAUGUCUCUUGGCCUUCUGCUUUUUGUACUGGGGCUCAUGGUUCAGACUCAAGCAAUGAUUAUAAAUGAAUCACAGAAGUUCAAAGAAUAUGAAGUGGUUUAUCCUCAAAAACUCCAUAUCAUUCAGGAAAGAGAGAUUCAAGGAAACCCAACAGAGUCUAAUGGAAAGAAGGAAAAAUAUGAACCAGAGGUGCAAUAUCAAAUUACAAUAAAUGGGGAAAAUGUGGUCUUUCAACUCAAUCAAAACAAUGACCUCACAUCGAAAGGCUACACAGAAACCUAUUACUCAUCUGAUGAAAAGAAGAUCACCAGCAGUCCUCGGACCAUGGGAAACUGCUAUUACCAUGGUCACAUCCAGAAUGAAAAGGAUUCCAUUGCCAGCUUCAGUCUGUGUAGGGGGCUAAGGGGCUUCUUCAAGUACCGUAAUCAAACAUAUCUAAUAGAGCCUCUUAAAGACAGUGACCUAGGUGCACAUGUCAUACUAAAAUAUGAAGAUCCCAACCUUGCAAACCAGACCUUUGGAGAAGACAACUCAAACCAGAAGCACAUCCUCACCCGGAACCCUCGAGCAGUCUCAGAUCCAAAUAAUUUUCUUACAUCUCCAAAAUACAUCAGCCUUUUCUUGGUUCUGGACAAAGCUUUUUAUGAUAUACACAAAGGCAAUCAGACAUCAAUAAGAAACUUCCUUUUUAACGUGAUCAAUCUGCUCAAUGUGAUCUAUAAUACCUUGGAUGUUCAUGUGGCCUUGGUGGGCCUGGAGAUCUGGUCAGAUACCAAUAAGAUUAAUGUGGUACCAGAAGUAAGAACCACAUUCAGCAGAUUCUUGAAUUGGCGCAACAGACAAAACCAGAAGAAGUGGAAGAAGUAUGACCAUGUUCAGCUGCUCAGUGGGAUUGGCUUCAGAGACAAACAGGUGGGGUUGGCUGCCUCAAACUCCAUGUGCAGUUCAAGUUCUAUCUCAGUGAUCGAGGCUUGGAGAAAAAACAGUGUGUCACUAGCCGGGGUGAUGUCUCAUGAGUUGGGUCAUGUCCUUGGAAUGGCCGAUGUGCAUUUUAAAACCAUAUGCCCAUCUGGAAGCUGUGUGAUGAACCAGUACUUGACCUCUAAAUUCCCAAAGGAUUUCAGCGAAUCCUCCCACAAACAUUUUAAAAACUACCUCUUAUCUCAAAAACCAAUGUGCCUUCUCCAAGCACCAGCUCCAGAAGACAUAAUAACCAAUCCUGUCUGUGGGAAUAAACUCCAGGAAGUUGGUGAAGAUUGUGACUGUGGGACCCUCAAGGAAUGCACAAACCCUUGCUGUGAUGCAAAAAGCUGCAGAUGGAAGCCUGAAGCCCAGUGCGAAGGAGGCAUAGCAAGACAUGCAAGACGAAGAAACUAAGGCUGAGAGCUGAAGGAGCUUAUUUGCCUAAAGCCACAAAAUCCAUGUAAGAGAGGAUGCAAGAUGAGAACUCCAUUUCUUCUAAGACCAAUGCUAUUCGUCAUACUAUGGUUUCCCUUCUGGGUGAUGAAGAGGCAUUAUUAGUGAAAAUAAGAAAGAAAUGAAUUCAAUGUGCUUCUGUUCCUUUAUUCUUUGGAGUACGCUUGAGGUCCAUUUCUUGAAUGCUCAUAAACAAAUCUUUAUUGUGAUUCCAAUGAUAGAUCUAUGUACACCUUUCAUAUAUCUUCCAUAAUCCCUUGUGAUAGUAGGUCUGUGAUGAUUUCUUGUGAUCUGUCUAUAUUUUUAUGUGACUAUUGAAGAAGUCGGCGGUGGUGGUGCCUUGCUCUCCAUCUAUUUCUUCUAAGAUUUAAAGCUCAUUAGAUAGAAAGUAAACUCAAAAGAAAAGCAAAUUAUAGACAUAAUGAAUAAAAAAAAAUCAUGUGCUUGAGGAUUUCCAUCCUCAUCAUUAUCAUCCUCCAAUAAAAUGAAAA